AAUCGCGUCGGAUCUUCUCGUGUUCCGGUUCUUUGUCAUCAAUGGGUCGCCGGGCGAGUCCAUUUCGAGUGCCUCUUAUAGUUCUUUUACGAUAUAUCCUAGUUUAAUGUGAAAAGAGGAAACGCUCCUGCGACCUCCGCAAGUAAUAAACCGACCGCUCGAUAACGCAUUCGCGUCGAAGCGAAGUAUUUAGCGCGAUAGUCUUUAGGCCCUUUCGGUAUUAAUGAGUCGUGCCCACUUCAGCUGACUGCGUCGUACGCGAAGCUACUCUACCUACUCCAGUAGUAGUUCGGCGUUCGAGUCAGGCGGUCGGGUUGCGCGCGUACCCGAGCAAAGCGGAUAUGUCGUUGAUGGUUAAAAUGUUUAUAGAACGUUUCCCAUAGGCGUGACAGUAUUUCGUUGGCUAUAAAGACGUGAAGUCGUGAAGUGCUUUGCCGAGGCAGCGACGCGCCGAGCCGGCGAGCGACUGUAGCGAGUGCGGGACAAGGCCCGAGGCUCAAUAAUGCUCAAAUUUCUGACCCACAAGUUGCGAACGCAUUCGUUGAAUGAGGAGAACGUUUCCGAGAAGGUCGAGGAGCGGGACUCCGGCACCGAAUCGGACGACGAGGCCGACCGCGGCGACACCGGUGAUUUUUGUACCGACGUUAUCAUGAAGUGGAACGAUGUAACAGAUAUCAGUAUGGGUGGAGAUGCAUGCGCGUGUGCGCCGGCGCCUCGUGCACUGCCAGACCCAGAACCAGACCAGCUCUACGAUCACCACUCUUCAGAAGAAGAACUAGAGGUCAUAAACGGCGCGCCGUGCGGAGCGACGACGGAGUCGCGGCGGCGCGGCGCAUCCUCGCCGCCGCCCGCGGCGCCCGAGAAGCGCAAGUGGCCCGCGCAACCCUACGACGUGGACGAGCCUGCGCGCGCGCCCAGCUCCGACGACGAUGACACUAAGGUGGAGACGCCAGUGAGGUUCCGCACGUCGCCGCCGCUAGAGGCGCUGAAGCCGCGGCGCGCCGGCGCGGGCGCGGGCUGCGCGUGUGCGGCGCGCGCGCCCGGCUCGCCGCGACGGCGUCGCGCCGCGCUGCCGCCGCCUCGCAGGCACCGCCCCGCGCUAGACUUUGAUAAGAUGCAGCAGCUGAAGGUGGGCGGCGUGCGCUCAUGGCGCGGCGUCGGCUCGCACGCGCAUGCUCACGCGCACGGCGGCGAGCUUUCCGUCUUCUGCUGGUGAUAGCGCGCAGUGAGUCGCGGUCCUUGUGCGCCGCCCGCGCCCGCUGUGGGCCGGCGGGUGCCCGCGCGCGGCCCUAGUUAUCCCAGCACCGUUCCAUAUCAUUGAUAACUGUACACGACAUUUUGAUCUUUUUAUUGCUGACGUUCCUUUUGCACUCAAUAAUGAUACAGUACAAAAUAACGAAAGACUUUAAUAUUGUAACGCUUGUACUAGACGGGCGGAGCGGAUCCGACGCGAUCUUGGGAUGCGACUUGGGGUUGCUGCGCGCUCGCCGUUUACCGCGCGACUUCUGGGUGCGGCCGCAGUCUUUUUCUAUUUCUUUACGUAUAAGACUUCAUUCACUUAUCAUACACUCGAAUUGCACGUUUCUUUUUAUUCGUUUUUUCUACUUUAUUGAGGGUGUUUGGACGCCUGUCGUAACUAUUCGUAAAGUCUAGUUUUGCCGAUGUUUACUCCCAAUUAAUCUUAUUUCUCGAGGAGACAUUAUACUUCGCUUCCUGUAGUAAGCUUUGAUCGGUGUAUUAGAUACAUGAUGUUAGGCUAUAUAUGUGUUAGGGCAUUAAAGUUUUAGUUGAUGAUAAUGAUGAUAGUAAAAGUAUUUUCGAUCCUAAUUUGGCGAAUUUGUGACGCGUCGUCGCGUCGGAUCCGGUGGCGCCUCUUACAGAUAUAUUGUACGACCGUCACAUUAAGUAGUAUUUUUGAGAUAUUUACUGUUUUUGAACGUUGUGUUGACACUGUUACAAUGAUUUGAACGUUUGUAUUAGACGUGGUGACAUUAUAAAAUAAUAUUGUAAGUAAGUCACAUAUCUGUCCAAUGUGUUACAUUUAGAACUACCUACAAUAUGUUACUACGCGACUCUCAUGUUAUACAUGUGCCCGUCAUUGCAUACAUUUAGUAACAUAAGGGUAUGCUCCGCCCACGGGCAACUUUGCCGUCGCAACUAUUUUGUCUCUCACACAUCCGGGCUAUGGGCUACUGGGCUAGUAUCUAGUAAUAUGAAAGUUCGCACAUGUAGCAACGCAACUUUUCAUAGAAACACCUCCAAGAGACGAAAUAGUUACCCGUGGGUGUCUACCCUAAGAAGGCGGUUAAGAAAAGGAGGAUGCCAACCUUUGUUUCCUAGUACAUAUCCCUAAUGCACUCAAAACAUGGAUUGCACAAUGCCUAAAAGAGCGAGUUUUUUUAGUUUAAGUAAUUCUUACAUAUUAUCUUAUAAUGUCAACGAAUAGAAUGGAUCUUCCGCGCGAGACUAUUACAAAGAUUUAUUUAAUUUUUAAUUUAGCGAUGCCAUUGCUAGCUACAUCCAAAAAAUAUUUUUGUUACGAGUUGUGAUAGAAUGGUAUCUCGGGACUGAAGAGUCUGUCAAUUAAACUACGACUGUUCCUCUGAUUUACAAGACAGAUCAUACCUGAAGUUAUCUCAGUAAUAAAGUACAUUUUUAUUCUUUAAAUUAGAUGGACAGCCGUUUUUUCAUUAAGGACCCUUAAAUUUUUAAUGAUUUGAUCUCGAGCCACGGCCCAAUCUUCGCUCUCAGAUAUCCUUUCCUGUUUGACGAAGAUUGACGCGCAUGGUUCCUACAUAGAUUUUAUAAUAUUUUAUCAAAAUAAAAUGUCAAUUGUAUAGAAGGACGAGUUUGCGCCAAAUCGUUUAAGGCUAUUUUCAGAACCUGAAUACAAACGUCGAGCUCGUUUUAAUAUAUUAUUCAAUAAUUAAUCAAGACAGAUUUAAUGAUCCAUACUGUAGUCAAAUAAAAGUAACUACGGGAAUAUGUACCACAGUAUCAAUAUUUCAUAUACGAUAAUUUUAUUAGGGUCAAGUCCAAAAUUGGAGUGCCUUCAGGCACAGAGAGCAGUGUGAGAGAGGCGCAAGCUCGUCGUACAAGUUUUGUCGGUUGUAUUGUACCCUAGUUGUAUGUUAUAGUAGUUUUAUUUAGCAGGGCUAAAGUUUUCGUUACUCGUUGUGUUAAACGGGAUUAAAGUGGUGCAAGUGGAUUCAGUGAACUUAACGAUAAAGACAAUUUAACAAAUUAAUACCUACGAUUAAAAUAAAGUACUAAGACUUUUUUAAAUCGCUUGGAAGAAGAUUGUAUGUAUAGAUAUAAGGUAGAAUAAGCAUACAUAGAUGUAGUAGGUAUAACAAAUUUUAAGGCAGAAGCCAGCUCUUGAAUUUAACUUUUUGUGUUGUUUAAUCGCGCAUUACUGACGAUAUUUGUUAUUUAUGCCUCGUAUGUACAGAAUGGUGCUUCCACGGAGGGGCAGUGAGCCAGCGCCGCAAGCGACAUUUGGAGCUUUUGUUUGCAUUAUUCACGGGGCUAAAGUAGGUAUGUGUCCAUCACAAGAUUAUGAAUUACCUAUUGACUCUGACCUACAGCCAGUUUUAAACGGACUCGGAAGCGUGCGAGAGCAUAGAUUAAGUACUUUAUAUGCUUCUCGCUCUUACUCCCAAAUUAAUGCGUCACGUCACGUCAAUCAAUGUCAGUUUGACACUGCUAACGUGGUCGUGGUAGCGCUGUAUGUAUUGAGUCAAUGAAAUGACGUGACACUACUUUCUACUGUAUACAGAUAUAGUGCGGAAAGAUUUGCCUUCGUAUCGUUACGGAAACGUACGAACGUGUCAUGCUAUUUCAGUCAGUCUCAGUAAAAGAUGUACUGACAUUGACUGAACUAGCAUGACAAAUACGAACGUUUCCGGGAAAAUACGAAGGAAACCCUUUUCGCACUACAUCUGCACUGUCUACUCGCUACUAACGCAGCAAUGAUUCGUUUGAUUGAUUGCCGAGACUUGUAAUUAUUUUUGUUAUGAAAAACAAACAAAAAAAAAUUACAAAUCUCGAGAUUGUUCGCUAAGUAUCUUGAGCGAGUAAAUCGAGCAUUUAGUCCCCGAUGCUCAGCGUUCAAUUUUAUAUAGUACAUUAAAUAUAUGAAUCGACGUAAUUAGUUAAUUACACCUGCGGCAUUCCCAGGUUGGAGCACCAUAUGUACGCAUGGGGCAUUAAGAGCCGAAUCCCUACCGUGGGCCCGUUUAGUUGCCUUUCAAAUAAUUUAAUGGCGGCUGGUCGUGAACUUAAUGUAUCAAUACACAAACUUAUCCGUGAUUACAAUUUUGCUGCAAGUAGUUUUAAUAUCAAUCUGCAUAUUUACGUCUUUAAAAUACGUAAAAAAUAAAUUGAAAAUGUUGAUAAUACUUUGUUUAGGUUUUCUUUUUAUUCAGUACACUACAUCCUUAAUGCCUUUACAUAGUAUGCAAUGAAUGAUGUUGCUGCAUAGUGCAUAGGAUACUGUACGUGGGACGAGAAAAAUAAAAUUUAAUUGAAAUAGGGGAACAUUUAGCUAUAUAAUACCUGUGGUGAUGUUAAAUCCGGAUAGCUUUGUGUCCAAAGUUCAGUUUCCAACAUAAAUCAGUCAUGAAGAACGGAUACAGUUCAUAAAUAAUUAAAUAUGUGUACAUUUUUUUACCUUAUUGCAUAGAGGUAAGGUGAAGAAAUGUAUACAUAUUUAUAAACUCGCCUGUACCCGAGGAAGUUUCUGUUUCGACUACUUGUUGAAACAGAAUUGUUAAUAUGUAUAACUUCGUCUGCCUCCUGUUCUUUCAUGAUACAGUGUUACGAUGUGUAAUCGUUUAUCGUACACUCGAGACAUGUUGGAAAACUUGUAGCAAUCAUGUGAUGAGUAGAUUUUGUAUGGAUAUUGAUGGACUGUAUAUUUUUUGUUAAUGUCAUCUAAUCAUAAUUCAUUUCAAUUUAUAACAAUUAUAUUGCUCGUUACCUGAUAAGGAUAACUCUAAAAAUAACCCAGAGUAACCACCUGGCCUAGUUUUUCAGAUGUUAUAAUGAAAAAUAACCAGUACUUAGUUUGUAUAAUUAUUAUUCAGUACUUAUUUACUUAACCCUAAUUAUCAGUCGGCAGAUAUAAUAAUAAAUAUCUCACUGUGUAAAUAUGCUACGAAGUACGCCGUAGAUUGUGGCUUUCUUGCCGUUAAAAGGUGGACAUCUGGGCUUCACUCAUUUGAUCAGAAUAAACACUAUCAGGUACCGGUACAAAUUGUUUUCUUUUGAACCUUAAUAUUAAAAAUAAAGGUUUUCAUAUAGAAAAGGUUGAUGUGUAUUUCAAGCUCGGCCUACCGGGCAGUCCGUGGAGCCCGCGGAGCAAUCAGUGAUAUUUUACAAUAAAUUAUUUUGUUUUUAUAUACUUAUUGAAUUAACAAGCGUAAUAAAGAGUGAGCAAUGGCACAUCUUAA